AUGGCCUCCUUUGUCCCACCACGAAACUCCACUCCGACUCCCACUCCGUGUGACUCAAUGGCACUCUGCCUUGGCACCCUCCCACAGAGCUUGACCCCAUAUGCUCCCUGGCUGGCUUCUCCCACCCAAAUCAUCUCAGGCAUAGGUUGUGCAACCUCUCCCAUCCCAGCCCCAUCCAGGUGUCAGGCAGAUGCCAAAGCCUGGAGCCUCUCAACCUCCUCACGAAGCAAGUCGCAGCAAGAUCACCUGCCCCAACACCCACCAGAGGUCUCAUUCUGGGGACACCCCACAGACAAACAGGGGCAGACCAGCGAGGGUCAGACUCCUGGGGGUGUUCAUCCUUUCAGGUUUGCUGUCAGCCAGGCCUUGGACCCUUCUGCAGAAUCACUCACUCACAGGGAAGCCAGGAAUCCAGCACCCUCCAAGGGUCAGGAACCCGACACGAGCACUUCCCAAGGGUUCGCCAUCUUCAGUCCACCUACGCAACAGAAUCUGGAGACAGAUAUUACAAGGCUUCAGGCGAGGCACAGGUGGCACCCACCCCUCAAGAUCCUGAAGGUCAUAAAUCUGUUUGAGUCGAAAAAGGCUCAACCCUCACCCCUUCUCUGCUCCCCCUGUACCUGCUCAGCUACCUGUGUACCUGGAGCCCAGCUAAAUAAACAGCUCGGCUUCUCAGACAUCUCUGUGCGGCUUCCAGAGCACGUCCAGUGGGGACACAGCCAGGGACAACACAACAGCAGAUCUGUUCCAGACAGUGGGGCUUCCGGGGCUCAGGGGAUCACGACAGCCGUGGGACGGAUCUUAGAGGAGAGAAUCACACUUCAACAUGGACAUCCUCCCUCAGAGUUAAAUUGGCACAAAGGGCAAUUCCAGGCUCCAGCAGGAGAACAUGGUGCCACAGACUUCUUGUACCACAGGCUUCUCUCCUUUGAAGAGCAAGGGAGAGUGAUGAGAGAGGAAGCCUGCAGUCUCCAAGCCACCCUGAAGGGCCACAGCAGUCCUGGCAAGAGUAGGUGGGCCAGAGACAAGGAUGGCAACAGGGCCUUCCUACCCCAUGAGCUGGGGUGCCCAGACAGGCCCGGCCAGCAGGGGCCAAGGGUGGCAGGUGCCUCAGCCUGUACCCACCACCGCCCAAGGCUGUGUGUGAUUCAGAAUUAUGUGUCACCUGUUCAGCAAGAGCAGCAGAAAGAGGAUGCUCUCCGGCUCUGA